AUGGCAGAUACGCACACCGUUAAGCGAAUGAAGUGCCUCAACUGCCACAGUGACAUCAGCCUUGACGUGGUUCCCCUCAGCUGCCAAGCCUGCAGCGCGCUGCUCCACGUGGACACCUUCAAGCAGUUUACCUUCUUUGACCUUUUUGGCCUACGAGCCACCUACGACAUAGACAAAGGACACUUAAAAAAAAAAUUCAACGACAUUCAAAAGUUGUAUCACCCCGAUAAGCAUGCGCGAAAUGAGCAGCUCGAACAGAUAAACGAAGUCUCGAGCUACCUGAACGGUGCAUACAGAGUUUUGCAAAAUGACGUGGACCGGGCCCUCUACCUGUUGAGUGUCCAGUACAACUACAAGAUCCCGGAGGAAGAGAACCUGGAGGACAGCGAGUUCCUGGCCGAAAUUGUUCAGGUGAACGAACAGAUCGGAGACCCCGAGGCGAAUAUUACCCUCAUGACCAAGGAGUACCAGGAUAAGUACGAGGACCACAUCGAAAAAAUUAAACUCCACUUUGACGAAGGGAAUUUUGAGGAUAUCUUGAAGGCCCUAAAAAAAUUGAAGUUCAUAAAUAGAAUCCUGGACCGUCUUCAAAACGUUUGA